AUGAGUUACCAACAACAGCCCCCCUAUCCUCCCCAGCCUGCCUACGGACCUCCUCCUGGUAACUACGGACCUCCUCAGGGUGGCUACCCUCCCCAGCAGCCGUACGGUGGUUACCCUCCUCAGGGUCCUCCUCCUGGACAAUACGCACCUCAACCCCCCAUGGGAUACCCGCAGCAACCACCUCCACCACAGGAGAAAAAGAGUCACGGCUGCCUUGGUGCCUGGUGA